CUAUACUGGAAAGUGUAGCCCGUGUGUACUACUGAACAUCCCAGAUGGCCACCAGAAGGAGAUGCCAACAGCUGGCUCCAGACACAAACAGGAGGCCAGUGCCAAGGAGAAAGCACAGAGCAAGAAAGGAAGGUCUGCUGAAAAAUCUCCACAUGAAAACUCUGUCCGUCCCAGGAGGCAGCUCAGCUGACCUUGACACUAAGAUUUGUGCCCAAGGUGAACAGGUCAGGAAGCUGAAGACAGAGAAGGCUCCAAAGGACCGGAUAGAGCCCGAAGUAAAGAUCCUGUUGGCACUAAAGGCCGAGUAUAAGUCUGCCACUGGCAAGGGUUGGAAACCAGAUGCCAAGCCAGCCCCAGUGACUGCUGCUCCGGCGACUACAGGAGACGGUGACCUAUACGACAAGGUCGCAGCACAGGGCACCAGAGUCAGAGAUCUUAAAUCCCAGAAGGCAAAGAAGGAAUCAGAUGUUUCAUUUAUAGCAUGAAAAAACCCUUUACAGUCUGUAUUUAUUACAGUCGACCAUCUGUAUUAAAUGACCAUCUGUUU